UCGGGCGGAAGGGGCAGGGCCUGGUCGGGGGGCGGUCGGGGUGCCCGAGCCGGCGCGGCCGCGGGGAGGGACUAGCGGCCCUGACGUGCAGGACCAUGGCUAUGACCAGCGUCAGGUUACUGGCAGGUGUCUUACGAAAGCCCGAUGCCUGGGUUGGACUCUGGGGUGUGCUCCGAGGAGCUCCGUCACUCCAACUCUGUGCCCCCUGGAACCAGUACUUGCAUUUCUCGAGUACUCAGUUCAGUGCGUCAACUUAUAAAACACUCUUCCAUCAUAUUUUCUCACUGAGGUUCUCGAGACUUUCACUAUCUCCAGAAUGCAUUUUUCCAUUCUCUGUAAGACUCAAAAGUAACCUAAGCUCGAAGAAAUCCUCGAGAAAGGCAAUGCAGAAGGUGGAAGAAGAGGACUCCGACGAAGAGAGUAGCCAGGCUGAGCCAAGAGAGCAGCAGGAGGAGCUUGAGGGCGACCCCAGUGUGGUGAGAGACUAUAAAGACUUGGAGAAAGCCGUGCAGUCCUUCCGCUACGACGUUAUCCUGAAGACGGGCUUGGACAUCGGCAGGAACAAAGUGGAAGAUGCAUUCUACAAAGGUGAACUCAGACUGAAUGGGGAAAAAUUAUGGAAGAAAAGCAGAACGGUGAAAGUGGGGGACACACUGGAUCUCCUCAUUGGGGAGGACAAAGAAGCCGAGACCGAGACAGUGAUGCGGAUUGUCCUGCAAAAAGUCUUUGAGGAGAAGACCGAGAGCGAGAAGUACAGAGUGGUGCUGCGAAGGUGGAAAAGGCUCCAGCUGUCCAAGAAGACUGGGUCUAAAUAAACAGGUGAUUUUUCCA